AUGCCUUCGUCAAAGGGAAAGCCCACUGAUCCUGAGCUGAGGGAGGAGAUCAAGGAAGAAAUCAAGCAAGAGCCUAAUAAGUCUGGCGGCGGCGAGGGGCAGUGGUCAGCAUGGAAGGCAUCCAAGCUUGCCAAAGAGUAUGAGAAGCAGGGAGGUGAUUAUGAGAAUGAGGCCGGCUCCAAAAAUGAGCCGAAGAAGGGAGAGCCGGAAAAGAAGAGCGAGUCCAAGAAGAAGAAGGAGACUGAAGAUUAG